CUGGACUAAAACUCUUCUUCAUUCAGAUAGGUGAGAAGCAGUCUGGUCUUCAGUCGUCCGUUACAUAGGAGAAUCAAGUUCUGAUUUAAAUUAUCAAAGUCCAGUUGACCAACAUCAUGCUACGUACCGUCACUGGGGGACUUACCAGGGUCUUUAGAAGUUUGCGUUUGGGACCCAUUUCUUCAGAAUUUCAGCCGCAGGUCCGCAACCUAGCAACAGCUACAAAAGACACCAGAGUUGGCGUCAUUGGAUGCGGACAAGUUGGAAAUGCCAUUUGCCACAACUUGACUCGAAAGGGCUACAACGUCGUGGCUGCCUGCGACACGGACGCAUCCAAGUUGGAUGCCAUCCCUUCGUCCAUCAAACGCCUGGUGACUCCCGCAGACGUCGUGAAAGCCUCGGAGGUCAUCUUCACGUGUCUCCCGAAACCACCCAACGUUCGAACAGUGGCAGAAGGACCUGAUGGCAUUUUGGGGUCUCUGAGCAAAGGGCAAGUCUGGAUCGAUCACUCCACGACAGAGUUUGAACAGACAGAGAUCUACAUGGAAGAGGUCAAGAAGUUAGGAGGUCAUAUGCUAGAGUCUCCCAUCACGGGCGGAUUAGAAGCUCUCCAGAAGGGUCAGAUGAUCGCCCUGGUCGGUGGCGACAAGGCUGUUGUAGACGCCGUGCAGCCCUUAUUCGACGCUUCAUAUUCUAAAACCUUCUACGUCGGAGACACCGUGGGUGCAGCCAUGGUCAUCAAAGUGAUGUCGAAUUCUCUGUGUUGCGUCCACGUCAUAGCCAUGGGAGAGGCUCUCAUGAUGGGUAAACGAGCUAACAUUGACUUGAGGACGUUUUGGGAAGGUAUUCGUCUGAGUGUUGGUAACAGCUACGUCUGGGAAACAGCUGCACCUGUCAUCUUCAACGGAGGGAGCUACGACCCUGGAUUUUCUCUCUCUCUCCAAAAUAAAGACCUUCAGCUGGGCUACGACAUGGCCAGGAAAUUCAAGGUUCCGAUGGAGAUGCACCACAUGGCACUGGGUGUCUAUCGCAGAGCGGAAUACCAGUAUGGAGAGGAGGCUGGUUGCUAUAUUCCGCCUAAGGGGAUGGAGGAUGCCCUAAAUGAAAGCCUCCAAAUUCCCGGGUUCGAGAAGUGGGGAUACAAUAUUGUGAUCGAGGAAGGGUCCCUUAACAUAAGGCAUGAAGGAAUUCACCAGAAUAAAUAAAUCAGACUUCUUUUUUUAAAGUUUAAUGUUCCAUCACCUCCACUACAGCUGUAACUCUAUUGAGCAUCAUUGCUCAUGGUCUGUGCACAAGUCUCUCUCUCUCUCUCUCUCUCUCUCUCUC